AUGGAUCCGGAGCAGACGUUUAUUAGGGUUCAGGAGAGGUUUUCGCAGAUCUUAACGCCUAGGAUUAGAGGUUUCUUAGAGUAUACAUACCUCUUCGUUGCCAUCACUUUGUUCUCUAUCCUCGUUGUUAUGCACGCCAAUUAUGUUCAGCAGCCUGGUUGUUCGAGUGAGCUGACUGGAGUUGAGCUAGCUGAAGCAGAGCUUUUACAGAUCAAGAUAACAAGCGCAGGGUUGUGGUCACGUAACGAUGAAAGUACUGCUGCAGAUGUUCCUCAAGUUGAAGCUGCAACUGACAACUCAGAAGUCUCAAAAACUGAUCAAGAAAGCUCUACCAGUGAAGAGAACCCUGAUGAUAUAUUUGUUAAAACUGAUAAGGAAGAGCCCCGCAGUAGUUUCUCAGUGUCUGCAAAAGAGACUGUCAGAGCAGCUAUUCUUCGCAUUCUCAAAAAGUGUUACAGGCGCAUAUCAUUCGUUGUACAGUAUACAGCACGGUUCCUCAGAGGUGUUAGAAAAAUCUGGAACAUCAUCGGCAUACCAUUGAAUCUUGAUGUACCCAAAUUGUUGCAUUGGCUGUAUGUGGACAAGAUCAACUACUAUGCAGUGCAAUGGCUUGAGAGAAGAACUCAAGAGUUUGAGCCAACAUAUCUAUAUACCAUGGAGAAGGGUUACUUUUUGCUGCCUGAUGAAGCAAAGUCACGGCAUAACAUUCGCACUGCAAAUGUCAGCAUAUCGGCACGACAUCCCUGCUUUGGCAAUAGGUGGCAGCAACUUCUUAUAAACAGAGUCGUAGGAUAUGAUACUAUCUUAAUGAAUAGUUUACAGAACUCUGCUGGUCAAGGUUAUCUAUACAACCACCAGACAAGAGAGUCUUACAAUCUUAGUUACUCGCAAGAACUUACUGAAGGUUCUGCGCAGUUUGGAGAUUACUUGGUGACAAAAUGUGGUGUGCUUAUGAUGUCGCUUUUUGUAUUUUUCACAACUACAAUGUCUGUGUCAUUUACAUUGCGAGAGACACYAACUCGCAUGUUGAAGUUCACAGUGCAGCUUCAACACCAUGCUCAGCAUCGGCUACCAACGUUUCAGUUGAUCUUUGUGCACGUGAUCGAAUCACUUGUCUUUGUACCGAUUAUGAUUGGGAUUCUGUUCUUCCUGUUUGAGUUUUACGACGACCAGCUACUGGCUUUCAUGGUUCUAGUUCUUGUCUGGCUAUGCGAAUUAUUCACCCUGAUAAGUGUCAGGACACCAAUAUCGAUGAAGUUCUUCCCGCGUUUCUUCUUAUUGUACUUCUUGGUGUUCCACAUUUAUUUUUUCUCAUACGCAUAUGGCUUUUCUUAUCUCGCUCUCAUGACCACGGCUGCAUUCAUGCAACACUUGAUUCUAUACUUCUGGAACCGUUUUGAGGUACCAGCUCUUCAAAGAUUCCUUCAAAGCCGACAGUCGCACCUUCAGCAACACCCAGACUUCCACAUCACUUCCUCAACAAUCCUAGCAUCAACUCUUCACAUCACAAGGCUGAACAGAACAACAAGAAACCGAUCUCCAUCUGGUCCAAACAACACAAACCCAAACCAAAACACGGAAACAAGAUCUCCAGCAGCAACAGCAGAUGGAGGAACCGAGAAUCCAAUGCAACAUCAAGGACAAGAAGGGAACGCAGCAAACACCAUUCCUGCAGAGCCUAACCCGCAAGCAGGCGCGAUGAGCUCGUUCAGCUCCAUGCUACUAUGGAUUUUAGGCGGGGCUUCCUCAGAAGGACUUAACUCGUUUCUAUCGAUGUUUAGAGAUGUGAGAGAUGAAGAUGAAGCUCAAGUGUUUGCAGAUGCUUCCCCUCAAAAUCCUCAUCAUGCUCCUCUUUUAGUUGACUAA